ACAGCAUCCACAGGAAGUCGCGAGCGGAGGUGCAUGGUAACAAACAAACCAAGGCAUCACUGGGAGACAGGAAGAACUGCUGACUAAUCAACGAAUGAGAGUCAUUCAGUACAGCCUGCGAUUAUUUCAACAUGUCUGUGUCCGUAAUCAUCAAAUGGGGUGGACAGGAGUACUCAAUUAGCACAUUGUCCGAAGAGGACACCGUGCUGGAUCUCAAGCAGUCCAUCAAGAGUUUGACCGGUGUCUUACCAGAACGACAAAAACUACUGGGGUUAAAGCUUAAAGGAAAACCAGCUGAUGAUGAUGUUAAGCUGGGAGCCCUGAAGCUGAAGCCCAACACAAAGAUCAUGAUGAUGGGCAGUCGAGAGGAGAAUCUGGAAGACAUCAUGGCCCCUCCACCUGAAAAUGAUGAUGUUGUCAACGACUUUGACAUUGAGGAGGAAGUCAUUGAAGUGGAGAACAGAGAGGAAAACUUGGCCAAGAUUGCUCGACGGGUGAAAGAUUACAAAGUGGAGGAGCUGAACGCUCCGAGGGAAGGCAAACGUUUGCUGGUGCUUGAUGUGGAUUACACACUAUUUGAUCACAAGUCCUGUGCAGAAACAGGGCAGGAGCUCAUGAGACCCUUCCUCCAUGAGUUCCUCACCUCUGCGUAUGAAGAUUAUGACAUCGUCAUCUGGUCGGCCACAAGCAUGAAAUGGAUUGAUGCAAAGAUGAAGGAGCUAGGAGUGAUGGACAACCCCAACUACAAGCUCACGUUCAUGCUCGACAGUGCAGCCAUGAUCACUGUUCACACUCCAAAGAGGGGUGUUGUUGAGGUAAAGCCUCUUGGCGUGAUAUGGGGGAAGUACAGUGAGUUUUACAGUAAGAAGAACACUAUCAUGUUUGAUGACAUUGGCAGGAAUUUCCUCAUGAAUCCACAAAAUGGACUGAAGAUUCGUCCAUUCAUGAAGGCACAUUUAAACCGUGAGAAAGACAAGGAGCUCUACAAACUGUCCCAUUACCUGAAGGAGAUCGCCAAGCUAGAAGAUCUCUCAGGUCUCAAUCACAAACACUGGGAGAGGUAUCUUUCAAAGAAACAAUGAAGACACCUGGGUGGACCUGUGAGCUGAUCAUUGCAGAACAAGCUCCUUGCAAGACACUGAAACCCUCACCAAAUGGCUCUUGGUUUUACAGCCGAUUCUUCUCUCCUUUAAUUUUUUUUUCUCCCUUCUUCUCCUCUGUCCCUUCAUGGUCUUUUAUGUGGCAUAGGUACUCUCUCAUAAGUCUUCGUAGCAAUGAUCACUACACUGUGCGACACAGACCCUGUUACACCCUAGCAUAGCACUCGUUCAUCAUCUGCCUGAAGCCAAAAAGCGUGACAUUAUCACUUCUCUGUUUACCUUUCUCCAUUUCCUUCCAUCUAUAUGGACAUUUUGUUGUGUACACACUACGCUUGUAUGCUUUUUAACGUCAUGUGCGUGAUCCGUCACAGGUUGCAGUAUUAUAGUGGAAGGAGGGAGUAUGUAUGGUGUGCAAUGGUACUCUGAAGUUGGUUAUGGGAUUGUCGAAUAGCUGAAUUUAUAGCAUCGGUACGGCCCAGAUAUGGUCUACAUCACAUGAAGGAUCUGCUGAAAUAUGUGUCCGUCAUGGGUGUUACAUUUCAGGCAGUUUUCAUUUCACCUUUUUGUCAAUUGGAAUGACACGAAACGAAUACGAAUGAUACCUUUUUCUUAGGUCAAAUCUGCAUGUGUAUCUGGAAACUGUAUUUUCAGCGUUAUGCAGCGUUGACUGCAUUUACACAUGGUGGGCAUUACUGACUGACGUCAAGAAGUCAAGUCAUGUUUUUUCUUCCACUUCCUCUAUGUAGUCUCCUGCACCUGGGAUUUCCAUGACUGUGUUGGUAAUGCCAAGGCUAGGCAUUCAUUUUUUGCAUGCGCCGACUACGACUACAUUUCAUCGAAGCCCGUGUUCAGUUUACACAGUACAGUCUAUGAUGGAGUACUGCUACGUUUGAUAGAUUUUUUUUUUUUUUUUUUUUUUUUUUUUUUGUACAAGAUUUACUGAGUACAAGAUUAAGGACAUCCAGUAGCACAUUGUUUGUGUUGUACUCGAUGCCUAGAACAACAGUUAUUACAGUGUUAAGGACUUGUAUGCAAGCGGCCCUUGCUGAACUUAUUUGGGCAGCGUUUACUGGUUUGCAUUGGUGAUGAGUUCCUGGAAACUGGUUGCAGUGAAUCAUUCCAAGGCCGACUCACCUUGGGCAUGGCAGGUCACGUCAGGGAUGUCCAUGUUUCAAAUACAUCUUUGGGUCAUGAACUUUUCACAUUCUUCACCUGCUUCUAGCACAUUGAGUUGAACAGCUCAGAAUCUGUCUGCCACGAAUACAUUUUACUAACCAAAAUAUGUAAUUGAACAUAGCUUCUCACAGUUGCAUUGAGCUGAAAAGUUCUCUCUCAAUCUGUGCUGCCUGAAAGCAAAACUUGAAGAGGAAAAAAAAACAUCAACAUCGGGUUUGGAAGCCUAUUUGGUUUAAGGAUGGGCACAAAUCCUGUUUGUUUUCAACUUGAAAGUGAGACAUAUCUAACACCUAGGAACUGCAAAACUGCUGGGACUUUAAUUUUUUUAUUUUAUAAAUAUUAGCCUUGGGACUUCCCUCAAUGGCAUCUUUAACUUCUUGCUCAAAUUUACCUGAUCCAACUCAUUGUGAUAGUCGACCCCUAAAGCACAUCUGAGGAGAUUUGCAGGCUUUAUGAGUUUUGCCGUUAGGUUUGCAGCAUGGCCCGCUCUGCUGUGCAUAACCUAAUAGGAGGAAGCAUUGUGUCACUUAGCAAGCUAUUGGAAUUGACAAGGGAAUUUGGAAACAUUGUUGCCAAAAGGUGAAAUGUAUCACCGGAAUGCUCAAAACAUUAGUCAAUCGUGAAUGAGUCAUAGUGUGUCUAGAUUUUUACUUUAGUGAUCGAUAUAUAUAGUCUUGCAGAAUCGGAAGGAAAUCUUGUUCUGAAAAAGCAGCUUCCGCUAUACAUUUUCUUUUUAUUCACAGUUCAGCUUUCUGGGGAUAUAGUCUAAACGCAAAAUGUUGAUGUUGGAUACUUAAAGCUGAGUUUUAGAUAUUCGGGUAUACCCUUUAAUAGAUUGAGCUUUUGUGUGAACAUUCACUUGAAACCAGUGGACUUGAAUAGAACCAUGGAGUGGAAGUGGUAACGGUUGAAAUUUCAGCGUACUCCAGUUAAGUAUCCUAUAUCGGUGAGCAUUUCUUAACAUUUAAGAACUCUGUUUAAAUUUAAGAUGAAGAAAAAGAAGAAAAGAACAAAACCAUAUCAGAACACUACUUGGCCUAUGCUUUGUGUGUAUAAUGUGCAGUGCUUCAAUUUGUUUUCAUCCUUGAUGUGACUUGCCAUACCUAAGGAUUUACGGAAACAAGUGCUAUGCUUAAAGCUUUAAAACUGCUCAAAUUUCAGGAUUUUAGUUUUUCCUCGAACAUGAAAAAGUGACAAUAUGGUGAAGAGUUUGGUUGAAUUAUGAUCGUGCCUGCCCGCUCUCAGGCCUUUGCCCUGAGCAGUUCGAUGAGGAAGCAAUAAUUCAUUCCCUGCGUGCCCUGCCCAUGGAUUCUGGGUCAGCUAUCUAGCCUCUAACUCUAGAUAUACUCAUAGCAUAGAGUCCUUUAACUUCAGGAUUAUUAUGUCACUUAGAGUCGAUACAUUGGGAAGAGUUUAUGAAAAUGCUGUGUAAUACUUUGACUGGAAAUGUUGGAAGAUGGAGGUACUUGUACAAAGGUUCACAUUUGUCAUUGCAUAGUUGGUUUACACUUCAAACGAAUCCUGACUGAUUAACUAAUAUUUAUUUAGGUUAAUUUACAUGUGAAAGUGACAUUUAGUUGUGCUCUGUGAUUUCUGAUAUGGAUUUCCUGCUUCCCUGUAUACAACAUGAGACCUGUGUAUAAAAGCAGAUUUCUCUGCUUCGAAAGGGUCGUACCUCAAAUGAGUCUGGAAUCCUCAUCAUGUGUUUGUCACACAUUUGUUUGUCACACGUUUAUGUUUGAAGUAUGUAUAAAUGUGUACGCAUUUGAUUUAUGGUCAUAUCCUCAAUGUAAAUAAACAAGUCAAACUUUUUUAUAGUA